ACUUUUCUGCCCUCUUGUCUCUCCCUCUCGCUCACACACACUCUUAAACGCACGUACACACACAUACACACACAGACACAACAGAGGGGGGUUACAGUCCUAUUUAAGCCCUCGUGCCUCUCCGCCCCUCAGUGUCACGCUGCUUAUGAGCUGCAUAGAUAAUAAACACAAGGACGAAGAGGCGAAGCCACACGCUGCUUUCAGCUUUUGUUUUUAAAUAAUAUCAGUGCUCAGCUAUGGCAGCUCAGGACUUUAAUUUUCUACUCGCCACGGAUUCAUACAAGAUAACACAUUACAAGCAAUAUCCUCCAAAUGUCAGCAAAGUGUAUUCAUACUUUGAGUGCCGGCACAAGAAGGGAGCCCAGUUCAACGAAGUUGUGUUUUUCGGCCUGCAGUACCUGCUGAAGAGAUAUAUUGCAGGGCGUGUCGUCACAGAGGAGAAAAUCCAGGAGGCGAAAGUCUUCUACCAGAUGCACUUCAAGCAGGCGGUGUUUGACGAAGAGGGCUGGAGGAAAUUGUUGGAGAGAUACGACGGCCGCCUUCCAAUCCGCAUCAAAGCCGUUCCUGAGGGCAGAAUCAUUCCCAGGGGGAACGUCCUCUUCACUGUGGAGAACACCGACCCAGACUUCUACUGGCUCACCAACUAUAUUGAGACGAUGCUGGUCCAAAUGUGGUACCCCAUCACCGUGGCAACAAUCUCCAGGGAGUUCAAAAAGAUCCUGGCCAAGCACCUGAAGGCCACGUCAGGCAGCCUGGAAGGACUGGAAUUCAAACUGCACGAUUUUGGAUACAGAGGCGUCUCAUCACAGGAGUCAGCAGCACUCGGUGGAGCCGCUCACUUGGUGAACUUCUGCAGCACAGAUACAGUAGCUGGACUGCUAAUGGCCCAGCGCUAUUACAACUGCCCCAUGGCCGGGUUCUCCAUACCGGCUGCAGAACACAGCACCAUCAUCUCCUGGGGUCGAAGCAGAGAGAAGGAGGCGUACGAGUGCCUGCUGGACCAGUUCCCCACCGGCCCAGUGGCAGUGGUCAGCGACAGCUACGACAUCUUCAAAGCCUGCAAGCACAUCUGGGGCGACAAGCUGAAGGAGAGAGUAAUGGAGCGCAGUGAGGACUCCAUGCUUGUCAUCCGCCCUGACUCAGGAGACCCCACAGAGACGCUGCUGGAGGUGAUAAAGAUUCUGGAGGAGUGUUUUAGCUGCUCUCUGAACUCCGUUGGCUAUAAGGUGCUGCCGUCGUAUCUGCGCAUCAUCCAGGGUGAUGGUAUUGAUCUCCACUCCGUUGAUGAGAUCCUGAAGAAGCUCAUUGACGAGGGCUGGAGUGCAGAGAAUGUGUUUUUCGGCUGUGGAAGUGCUCUGCUGCAGAAGCUCAACAGAGACACAUUAAACUGUGCUUUCAAGUGCAGCUAUGUGGAAACCAAUGGCAAGGGGAUGGACGUCUAUAAGCAGCCAGUGACGGACCCGUCUAAAGGAUCAAAGCGAGGUCGUCUUUCUCUGAGGAGAAACUCUGACGGGUUUAUAGAGACAGUGGAGAGGGGUGUCGGCAAACCUGAGGAGGACAUGCUGGUGACGGUGUUUGAGAACGGGACCAUUCUGCAGGAGUACGCGCUGGACGAGAUCCGGAAGAACGCCCGGCUGUGGGAGGAGGACCUGAGUCCCGCCCAGCAUAACCAGGACCACCCCACACCUCUGGAGAUCCACCAGAAACACAUCAUGAACGGGGUGCACUGAUCUUCUAAUAACACUGCCCCCCACCCCCCAUAUCAACGGACCAACUGACUCCCGGGCCUUACCCUGUUCUCACUAUGCCGUCUGUGUUCAUACGUUCAGAGCAGACAUGCAUGCGGUCCAUCCUUCACAAAAUUAAACGACCGUAUUGUGGCUGAUCUCUUAGCCAGUCAUAAAAUCAUCUUUUUAUUUAUUCCCCCACACAAAUGAACUAUUAAAUGAGCUACUAUCUGAA